AUGAUAUGGGAAGGCUCAGUUUUAGACGCUAAUGAAGGCAUACGAUUCCAUGGCCACACAAUACAAGACUGCCAGCGUCUUCUGCCGAAGGGCAAGACAGGUACACAAAUGCUACCCGAAGCGAUGUUCUGGCUUCUCUUGACCGGUCAAGUCCCAAGCGAAUCACAGAUCCGCCAAUUUUCCAACGAGCUGGCCGCAAAGGCCAAGAUUCCGCCACAAGUCAAAAAGCUCAUGACCACCAUUGACCCGAAGACACAUCCAAUGGCGCAGUUUGCGUCUGCGGUAUCCGCACUCAGUAUCGAAAGUAAGUUUGCGAAGGCAUACGAAGAAGGGUUGGACAAAACGAAGUACUGGGAACCGAUAUUCGACGAUUGCAUCUCUCUCAUAGCCAAAUUGCCAACGAUUGCAGCUCAUAUAUACCACAACACCUACAAGGGAUCGGCGGGCGACCGAUUCGAGGCCACGAUAGAUCCUGAGCAGGACUGGUCAUAUAAUUUUGCCGCAAUGCUGGGAAAGGGCGGUCAGGAGAACGAAGGAUUUCAAGAUCUACUGAGACUUUACAUGUCUCUACACGGAGACCAUGAGGGUGGCAAUGUGUCUGCUCACGCAACUCAUCUCGUAGGAAGCGCUUUGAGUGAUCCUUUUUUGAGCUAUUCUGCCGGUCUUCAAGGCUUAGCGGGGCCAUUGCAUGGGCUUGCAGCUCAAGAGGUCCUUCGUUUCGUCCAAGCUAUGAAAGGUAAAAUCAAGGAAGAUUUCAGUGACAAUUCAAUCAGAGACUACCUCUGGUCUCUGCUCAAAUCAGGUCAAGUCAUCCCUGGAUAUGGGCACGCAGUCCUUCGAAAACCUGAUCCCCGUUUUCAAGCCCUAAUGGAUUUUGCAUCUAAUAGGCCAGCGCUCAUGGAUGAUUCUAACGUACUGCUCGUGAAGAGAAUAUCAGAAGUUGCUCCUGGAGUUCUCUUAGAGCAUGGAAAGACAAAAAAUCCGCAUCCUAACGUUGAUUCUGCUUCUGGCGCGCUGUUCUAUCACUUUGACAUCAAGGAGACUCUGUAUUACACUGUCAUCUUUGGCGUUUCUCGAGCACUAGGCCCCUUGGCUCAGUUAAUAUGGGACAGAGCCUUAGGGUUGCCGAUUGAGAGGCCUAAAAGCAUAGACUUGACCGGCUUGCUACGACUGGCUGAAGAGUCGUGA